CCAAACCGGCAAACGGAACCCCUCCUCCUUCCCCAAUCCCUCCACCUUGUUUACUGCCGCUGCCGCCCGCCACGGCGGCUCUCCACUCCCAGAUCUUCCUCCCGCCGCCCCCAAAUUAGCGCCCACCAAAACCCUACCCCUGCCCCCGCCUCUCGCGGCGUCCGCCCCCGCCCUCGCCCCCGCCCCGCGGCCUCGGAGCGCCGCCGCCGGACUGAACCCUAGCGCCAGCGCCUCCUCCCCCGCCAUGGCCGGCCCGUCCGGCGCCUCCUCGUCGCGCGGCGGCGUCAGGGUCGACCGCUUCUACAGCCCGCCCCACGUGCGCCGCCAGCAGCAGGAGGAGCAGCUGCAGCGGCUCAAGGGCCAGCGCCCCUCGUCCCCAGCGGCGGUGGCGCAAAGGCCCCGGGCCGCCAGGCAGAAGCCGCCGCCGGCCGCCCCGCCUCCGAAGGAGGCCGAGAGGCGGCCCGACGCGCCCUCCAAGCCGUCCGUGUCGGCGCCCGCCGCGAAGGCGGUGGCCGAUGCCGGCGUGGUCCCGCCGCCGGCACCGCCGAUGGAUGAGGUCGGGAAUCUCGAGAGGUUCCUCAGCUCCACCACGCCGUCCGUGCCCGUGCAGUACUUGCCCAAGACAAGCAUGAGGGGAUGGAGAAAUUGUGAAGCUACAAGUUCACCACCAUAUUUCUGCCUUGGUGAUCUCUGGGAGGCUUUUAAGGAGUGGAGCUUUUAUGGGGCUGGUGUUCCCCUUGUGUUAAAUGGCAGCGACUCUGUGAUUCAGUAUUAUGUGCCAUACCUUUCUGCCAUACAGCUGUAUGCAGACCCUUCAAAGGUUUCAGCGAGGAUCAGGCAUCCUUGGGAGGAAAGUGACGGGGAAUCUAUGGAUACUAACAGCGAAGGCAGCAGUGAAACUGAUGUUGACCGGUUAAGAGGUUCUCUGGAAGCAACAUGUCGAUUGGAGGGUGGUUUCCAAAGGGAUGAUGCUGAAUUGCACUCACCGUCCACUCAUCCAAUAUUUGAGUAUAUCGAGACCGAUCCACCGUUUGGUAGAGAGCCUUUAACAGAUAAGGUAUCAAUUCUUGCAAGUAAAUUUCCAGAUUUGAAGACGUUCAGAAGUUGCGAUCUUCUGCCAACCAGUUGGAUGUCUGUUGCAUGGACAAGUUUCCAACUAUAUUAUUGGUUAAGUCCUAUGAAAGAUUACCGUCCUUGCUAUAACUGGGAUUGUCAUUGCUGGCUCAAACAGAGAAUGCAUUUCACGACGACUGAAACAAAGGGUACCCCAUAUACAGAAUCCCUACUGGACCAACACUCAAGGAUCUGGAUGCAUGUUUCUUGACAUUUCAUUACUUAUCGACACCUUCCAUGGAUACUGAUCCCAGGACACCAGCAUGCCCGAGUUUCGGAGGGCUUAACCACUGUAUGAACGCAGCUGGUAAGCUAACAUUGCCCGUCUUUGGACUGGCAUCCUACAAACUGCGGAGCUCUGUUUGGUCAUCGAAUAGGCCUGAGGAGCAGCAGCUUGCAGCCUCCCUCAUGCAGGCGGCAGAUGAUUGGCUUCGUCAUCGCCAAGUGUACCAUCAUGACUUCCGGUUCUUUCUCACCCGUUACAACACAGCAUUGAGAUGACAAGAGAUGCCUCGCCUCAUGCUGUAAAUUGUUUUUAGUAUUUUCUGUUGUUGGCUGAGCCGGCUACCUGUAACACUAUGUUGUAACGUAGCGCUUACAUCUCUGAACUUUUUUUUGAUAUGGUUCAGUAGUUCAACGCCAUACAGCUAAUUUGUAACGUCUCCAAUAAUUCUUCUGCUAUAGGUAAACUUUUGAGUGAAGUAAACAACAUAAUGGAGACUUGUAAAACAGGAAGUGGUGGUUGUAAAAUUUAAAUUUAUGGAAUCGAGAGUACCUAGCUUAUUAUCUUUGAAAAGCA